CCAGUUUCUGGCGCACUGUUUGGGGUGGUUCACGCAUGUGCGAGGGCGAGACGCAGAUUUUUGUCCCAAGGCCUUGCCGUACCGUCCAGGAGGCGAGUUGCAUCCUGGUUCCGUCGUGUGUCCGUCUGGUGUCGGCUCUCCGGCCGCCGCAGUUGCCACCGCCGACAUGAACCGCGAGAACUUCGCCGCCGGCGAGCGGCUGGUGUCGCCGGCUUACGUGCGGCAGGGCUGUGAGGCCCGCCGCUCGCAUGAGUGCCUUAUACGGCUGCUUCUGGAGCAGGGCAAAUGUCCAGAGAAUGGCUGGGAUGAAAGUACACUUGAACUCUUUCUACAUGAACUUGCAAUAAUGGAUAGCAACAAUUUCCUGGGCAAUUGUGGUGUGGGAGAAAGGGAAGGGAGAGUGGCAUCUGCAUUAGUUGCUCGACGUCAUUACAGGUUGAUUCACGGAAUUGGACGAUCAGGUGAUAUUUCUGCUGUGCAACCAAAAGCUGCAGGUUCUAGCCUUUUGAACAAAAUUACCAAUUCUUUGGUCCUGGACAUCAUAAAGUUGGCUGGUGUCCACACAGUGACCAACUGCUUUGUAGUGCCUAUGGCAACUGGUAUGAGUCUAACCCUGUGUUUCUUAACAUUACGACACAAAAGACCAAAGGCGAAGUAUAUUAUAUGGCCGCGAAUAGACCAGAAGUCCUGCUUUAAAUCCAUGAUCACUGCAGGCUUUGAGCCUGUGGUGAUAGAGAACGUUUUAGAAGGUGACGAACUGCGUACAGACCUGAAAGCAGUGGAGGCCAAAGUCCAGGAACUGGGGCCUGACAACGUUCUGUGUGUUCAUUCUACCACCUCCUGUUUUGCUCCAAGGGUGCCUGAUAGAUUAGAAGAGCUGGCUGUGAUGUGUGCAAAUUAUGGCAUUCCACACAUAGUCAAUAAUGCUUAUGGGGUGCAGUCUUCAAAGUGUAUGCACCUCAUUCAGCAGGGAGCUCGGGUUGGUCGGAUAGAUGCUUUUGUUCAGAGCUUGGACAAAAAUUUUAUGGUUCCAGUAGGUGGCGCUAUAAUUGCUGGCUUUAAUGAUUCUUUCAUUCAGGAAAUCAGCAAGAUGUAUCCAGGAAGAGCGUCAGCUUCACCUUCUUUAGAUGUCCUUAUUACUUUAUUAUCACUGGGAUCAAAUGGCUAUAAGAAGCUAUUAAAAGAAAGAAAGGAAAUGUUUUCAUAUUUGUCCAUCCAACUAAAGAAGCUGUCAGAAGCCUACAAUGAAAGACUGUUGCAUACACCUCACAAUCCCAUAUCUUUAGCUGUGACGCUUACGACACUAGAUGAACACCGUGACAAAGCUGUCACUCAGCUUGGCUCAAUGCUUUUCACUAGACAGGUUUCUGGAGCCAGGGUUGUGCCUCUUGGGUCUGUGCAAACCGUGAGUGGCUACACUUUCAGAGGCUUUAUGUCACAUACAAAUAAUUACCCAUGUGCUUACCUCAAUGCCGCAUCAGCCAUCGGAAUGAAGAUGCAGGAUGUGGACUUGUUCAUAAAGAGACUUGACAAGUGUUUAAAGACAGUAAGGAAAGAACAAAAUAAAGAGAGCGAUGUAUCUGGAGUUGACAAUUGUGACAAAACUGAAGAUGUGGCUAUUGAAGAAAUGGCUUUCAAACUUGAUAAUGUACUUCUUGACACGUACCAGGAUUCUUCUUCAUGACAUGUGAAGGGUUUCUUUUUGAUAAUUGAGAAAAAUGAGGCGACAGUACAAGCAAACAGUUUAAAGACAAGACUUGGGAUUUUUGAAUUGGAAUGUCAUGGAGAAUGUUUAGUCAAGGAAUAGAAUAUGAUCUGAGUUAGUCAUUGAUGAUUGUUAUUUUUUAUUCUCUGCCUCAAUCAUUAUGACCCUUAACAGAUUAUAACACACAAUUAGCAUUUUUAUAAUUGUUAGAAUAUGUAUCAGUUAAGCAUUAUGAUUCAGAAAACACUUACUAAUAAAAUGACAGUAAAAUUACCACUAA